CAUUCGAUUUCUUAUACUAAUUUUGAAUAUUUUUUACGGAAAAAUAAAAUAUCAUUAUUUGUAUUUGUGCUAAUUGAGUUUGCUACUGGGUAAACUUUAUUUCCAUGCAGACAAUUACGAGCGGCAGUAGUGUGAUACUUUCAAACACAUUAAUCUACACAGAAAUAACUGUAAAUGUGGAGAGGGUGGUAGCGUAGGAAGUAUCACGCACUUCGUGUCCUAUCGUCCUACGAGCUUUUACGAUUUUUUUCUCUCUGUUUUCACGUAAAUACUCUGGUCUAUAUAAAACGUCAUUACUAACAGGCUUACAGCCAAAUGUUUUCGUACGAAAUGCCAGUACACUUUUGUGCGGUGGAUGAAAAGUUAUAAUCACGGCGUAACAACAAAUAAUGUAGACGUAAAACGAAAUUAAGUCUAACUACAUACAUACAUAUGUAUAUAUGAACGUAAAAAAGAGUUGUCACGCGAAUACACACACUCAUAGAAAUGCAAAAUUAUUAGAAACCUAUUUUACAAAUCGCACCAAACUGCCGGAAAUCAAUGUGAAAAAAUCGAAAUGUUAAGAAAUAUCACUAAAAUGCAGGAUACAUGCAGAUACUACUUAUGUUAUCAGUGAAUUCGUGGAUUUCGUACAAGAUAUGGGUUGACUUACAUAUACUAAUAAUAAGUACUUGUAUGUAUGUGGGUCGUGAACUUGCAAAGGACAUACUUACACAUCGGUAUUACACGGCGCGUGGGUGGCACAGUGUACAAACAAAGGCCGCAAAAACUGGAGCAGCAGUAGAAAAAUAAGUAUAACGGGGUAUAUAUAAUAAAAGUAACUUUGCAUUGCAAGUGCAGCGACAAUGCAUUGGAAGUGGUGUAAUUGCAAUUACGUUGUGACAUCUUUGAGACCAAAAGUCGCCAUUGACUGAAGUUGCGUUUAAAUAUGAGCAGCUUAUGCUACUAUGCAUACUAUGUACUACGAAACAUGAAUCACGUGAAGAAUAAAAGCAUAAAGCAAAUAAUCCUCCCAAAUUGACUGUGAUAAAAUGAAAAAGGGAUAUGCGUAAAAAAUUAAAUUGAUAUAUGUAUAAAACUAGAAACUGUGUAAACGGGAGAAAAAUGUUAAAUAUUGAAAAUAUAAUUUACAAAUAGGAGUAAUAUAAAUGCAUACCCAAUGUAUCAAAGCUUUAAAAUUCAAUUAUAAUCAGAUAAAUCGCUAUUUAUGUAUAUCAAAAUGGAGCGGACAAGUCGUGAUAGACCGUGUGGGUGGGUAGCAAUUGCGCUGAGCAAGGAAUGGAGUGACAAAUAAAUCAUGUACUGAAAAUCUCUGUCGUCACAUGCUUAUAUCUAUAAGUUGAAAGCUUUAGCAAAGAGGAGUAGAUAACAAAGGAGCAUGUAACUACACUUAAUCUAGUAGUUAUCGGAGUGCUUUAGAUGUAAACAAAACACCAAUUUAUUAUUAACUAAACAAUUUAAAUAAUUUUUAUAUUUAUUAAUAUAUAAUAAGUAUUAGCGUAAAUUUCUUUGAAAUACUUGUUAUGCCGCAAUCCGUAUAAUACAUAUAAGUAAAGUCCUAACAUGCCACAACAAAUAAAACUAUAAUAUGAAGAUAAUCAUGUGACUGGUGUUUUUACUACGAAAACGUCGAAUAACAAAAAUACGAUAACAAAACAACAGACUGCAAGUUUAUAAUAAAAAAUAAACUAUAAAUACAAAUACAUAUGUAAAUAUAUAAGUACAACGUGUGUAAUAAUUGAAAAAUCAAAUCGCACUGUAUUAAUUAAUUAAUCAACAAUUAACCGACGACUUUACUUUGCAGUAGUUUAUGUAGCAUAUUUAAGUUAUGUAUGUACAUAUAUGAAAACAAAAAUAUAUAAUAUAUACAAAUAGGGUUAAACAAACUACAACGGCAUCAACGCAAACAGAAACUGCUUUAAAAAGUCAAACAGUAGAUGAAUAAUGGAAAAUUGUUAAAUUAUGGACUUGGGUGUGUAAAAUCGAUUUCCAAAGAUUUGUUAAAAAAUAAGCUCGAAAAAAAUAACAAUUAUAAACAGCAGCUAAAAAAUAAACACUAAUUGUAAUUACAUUAAAGUAAUUAUAAGAAAGAAGAAUUUAUAUACAUACAAUAUUGUCUUUAAUACGCAGUUAAUAUAAAAUAUUAGGGAAUUUAAUGUGUAGUUUGAAGAUAUUAAAUCAAUACGCGGAAAUAGUAGAAAUUUAAAGAAGAAUCAUAUACAUACAUACAUACAUAUAUAGUGUCGUGUAUACGAAAUAUACAAACUUGUUGAAAAUAUAGACAAUUAUAUACCAGUAUAUGCAUAAGUGUGUGUGACAACGAUUUAUAAUUCUACACCUAUAAAUACAUAUAGAACAAUUAUAUAUGCUACGUUAACGAGUUUAAAUAAUAAUAUAAUCGUGUAUGAAAGAUUACCAAUGGCCACGUAUUCAAUUAAAUAUUAGUAUCGAUUGUCACUAAAACUUCGAAAAUUUAAUUAGCGCAUAGUAAAAUUUAAUGAUAAAUAGCAACAACGUAACUCGUGCAAAUAAUAACAAACAUACUCACAUACAAAAAUACAAAACUUUAGUUAUAACAAACAAUAAGAAUAGAAAUAUUGCCAAAACCACCGCCACUACUCCGAUAUUGCUUAGAAUCGGACAGGAAAGACAUAUGGACAAUCAAAAUCCAAAUACAGAAACGUCAUAGCCUAACAUAUGGUUAUACCGAUUACAUUUACCACAUGACGAGCGGCAAAUGCUCCCCAAAGCAUACCCUUAGCUACUAAAAUAAGUUGUGAAGCAAGCCCACGUAAACACCAAUACUUGGAAAACAAACACUUUUGCUACAAAAACAAAAAAUCAGGGAAAGUGUAUAAACAAAACUGAAGUGUUGCGUUGUUCGGUAAAAAAAAGUGGAUGUUUGCGAGAGAAUAACGAAAGAGGCCACUGAUAGCAAUUGUGAUUUGAAUAAAACAGUGAUAACUGUAAAAACACCACCCCCAUUUUUGUUCAACUAACUGUUAACUAACAGCUAAGCGACUAUUAUUAUAUACUUGUAAAAUACAUUUCUGUUUAACGUUAUUGGAAAUUGAAAGCACGAGAAAACGGAACUUUACAAAAGCUUUAAAACUCCUAUUAGCUUUUAUUUGAGUAAGCAUUUACUACUACAGCACUUUGAAAACUGUGCACAAAAAGCUAAUUCUAUUGUUGUUACGAAGAAAACCUGUUGCUCAAAGUAUAACUAGAAAUUACCGUUGAGUAUUAAAUAGUAUCCCACCAACACCCGUUUAAACAAGUCGUAUAAAUAAGUAGUUAAUGUGAAACACUAAAAAUAUUAAAACAAAAAUUAUUUAAAUAACGUAAUAUUCGUGUGAUGCCUAUCCCCAACACUCCUUCCCAACAAGCAUCCUUUCACUACUACUACUUCGCUUUAUAUUUCGCGCACUACAAGACUCGAAUGUUAUAAGCCACGUGUGUGUCUAGUGUAUUUAUUGAAUAUGUCCCAUAUACCCGACGAUGCCAGCAGUAUGAGUGACGACGUUUUCGAAGAUCCCGAGACCACGCAACGCCGCAUCGAGGAUACGGCACGCUAUCGCGCCAACUAUACAACCAGCGGCAGCGGUUUUGGUGGCGGUGGUAGUAGUGGUAUCGGUUCCAGUCUUGGCGGCAGCAGCAGUAAUGCUUUCAGCACCGGCUAUCCAGGCUAUCGUCCACCAGUUAAAGCAUUACAAAUGUAUGCACUUGAAGACGCCGUUUUUCAUGGUGAUGGUGAUGACGAUGAAUACGAAGAUGGUUGGCGUUCCUAUCGUUACGAUGAAGUAGGCAUGUACUGUCAACCGCCGCAGCCUCCGUUCGAUGACACGAUCAAUCAUAAGACAAUAUUACUUGGCGAUUCCGGUGUUGGUAAAACAUCAUUCCUGGUAAAGUACAAUACGGGCGAGUUUCGUUUAGGUUCCUUUUCUGCGACAGUCGGCAUUGCUUUAACGAACAAAGUUGUGGUUGUGGAUGGCACACGCGUCAAAUUGCAAAUUUGGGACACAGCUGGUCAGGAGCGUUUUCGCAGCGUCACACAUACCUAUUAUCGCGAUGCCCACGCACUUCUACUUUUAUAUGACGUCACCAAUAAAACCACUUACGACAACAUUCGCGCUUGGCUGGGCGAGAUCAGAGAUUAUACUCAGGACGAUGUUGUGAUUGUGCUUAUUGGUAACAAGGCGGACUGCAGCAAUAGUGAACGACAAGUGAAACGUGAGGAUGGCGAACGUCUAGCACGUGAGCACAAUGUCCCCUUUAUGGAAACAUCAGCAAAAACAGGAUUGAAUGUAGAACUUGCUUUCUCCGCUGUGGCUAGGCAAUUGAAGUGUCGCGGCACCUUCAAUGGCGAUGAUGGCAAAUUCAAUGUUCACGAAUACGUACGCGAUAAUACACAAGCACGCACAAUGUGUGCUCAGUGCAAAUCGAUGUAGACAUAGUAGAACUGGGAAUUAUCACAAAUACACCCAUACAUAAUUACUUGCCAAAAAAAAUUAUAAAUUUGAAAAAAAAAACUGAAACAAUUAAAUGUAUAAACUAAUAUUCAAAGCUUUA